AUGUCGAAUGCAUAUAAAAACACAGCAACAUAAUGGAAGAACACAAAAUAGACUCUUCUCCUCGAUACUGAUCUUUCUUUCUCCUUCACUCAAAAACUUCAUGGAAACAGAAGUGGCCAAUGAUCUGUUUCCGUUGAUAAGGAUUUACAAGGAUGGCCGAGUGGAGAGACUCAUGGGCACAGCUACUGUCUCCCCAUCGCUCGACGAGAAAACCAGCGUCCAGUCGAAAGACGUCACCAUUCCACCAGGCUCCAUCGUGUCGGCUAGACUUUACAUCCCUAAAGCGGCGGUCGGGUCUCCCCAAAAGCUCCCAGUCCUCGUGUACUUUCACGGGGGAGGCUUCAUAAUUGAAACGGCAUGGUCGCCGACUUACCACAACUAUCUCAACGCCCUCGUCGCGGAGGCUAACAUCAUUGCCAUCUCCGUCGAGUAUAGAAGGGCACCGGAGCAUCCUCUUCCAACGGCUUACGACGAUUCGUGGACUGCCCUGAAAUGGGUGGCCUCUCAUUCUGCCGGAAACGGCCACGAGGAGUGGUUGAAUUCUCAUGCCAAUCUCAAGAAGGUCUUUAUGUCUGGAGAUAGCGCCGGGGCCAACAUAGUUCACAACAUGGGCAUCCGAUUGGGACAGGAAAACCUAGAUGGGAUCGAAUUUCCGGGCGUCGUUAUGGUGCAUCCUUUUUUCUGGGGCGAAGAACCAUUGCCUCUCGAGACCACCGACCCCGAGAAAACAUCCCUGAUCAGGGACCUCUGGCGGGUGGCAUACCCGACGACGGCCGGGUGCGACGACCCUCUGAUGAACCCGGCGGCCGACCCGAGGCUCUCGGGCUUGGGAGUCAACAGGGUCCUGAUUUGCGUUGCGGAAAAGGAUGUGUUGAGACAGAGGGGUUGGUACUACGAGGAGGCGUUGAGAGAGAGUGGGUGGAGUGGAGCUGUGGAGGUGAUGGAAGCGCCGGGGGAGGAUCACGUGUUCCAUUUGUUCAAUCCGGGCUGUGAUAAUGCUGUGAAGAUGAUGAAGAGAUUGGUCUCCUUCAUGAACGAGGAUGAAUAGGGUCAUGGGGAGUACUGUUAUUUGGUAGCUUCCUUUGGG